CUUCAAAUCCUUCAUGCAAAAAUCUUCAUUUAUGUAUUUAUUCAAGAUAAUGCAAAAAAAUUUGAAAUUAAUAUUAUUAUAAACAUUUGUAGUCUAGAUGAACGUUCCGCCUUCCAUUCAUAUACUUUUUCUAUAAUUUUAAAAAACGGGCAUACACAAAAGUACACAACACAUAACCUAAUUUACUCUUGUGUUUUGAAGUUUAGUUUAGCUUACCCUAGAAAUAUUCAAAAUAAGGGACACAUUUAAAUUUAAAUAUUCUUCAGUAUCAAAGCACUUUUCUUCUAGUUUCUUUGUGUUGAGCGUUUCGUCUGAAAUUGAUCUGAAAUCAUGCAAAAGUAUGAGAAGCUAGAAAAAAUUGGUGAAGGUACCUAUGGAACUGUUUUCAAAGCAAAAAACAGAGAAACCCACGAAAUUGUUGCUCUCAAAAGAGUUCGUUUGGAUGACGAUGACGAGGGGGUUCCAUCUUCAGCUCUACGAGAAAUAUGCCUUCUGAAGGAACUGAAACACAAGAACAUAGUUCGUCUUUAUGAUGUUUUGCACAGCGACAAAAAACUCACUCUGGUAUUCGAGCAUUGCGACCAGGAUUUGAAAAAGUAUUUCGAUAGCUUGAAUGGAGACAUAGAUCCCGAUGUUGUGAAAUCUUUCAUGUUUCAAUUACUGAGAGGUUUAGCAUUUUGCCAUAGCCAUAAUAUACUGCAUAGAGAUUUGAAACCUCAAAAUCUCUUGAUCAAUAAGAAUGGAGAGUUGAAGCUUGCUGAUUUCGGCCUAGCGAGAGCCUUCGGCAUACCAGUUAAGUGUUAUUCAGCUGAGGUUGUGACUUUGUGGUAUCGUCCUCCGGAUGUUUUAUUUGGAGCGAAGCUGUAUACAACAUCGAUCGAUAUGUGGUCUGCAGGAUGUAUUUUCGCAGAACUUGCUAAUGCUGGCAGACCGUUAUUCCCAGGCUCUGAUGUAGAUGAUCAGGUGCGAAGGAUAUUCAAAUUAUUAGGUACCCCCACAGAAGAAACUUGGAGCGGCAUGAAUCAAUUGCCUGAUUACAAACCUUUUCCUUUAUAUCAACCUAACAUGAGCAUGUCCCAGGUAGUCCCUAAGUUGGGCAGCAGGGGGAGAGAUCUACUUCAACACCUGUUGGUUUGCAAUCCAUCCGGGAGAAUGUCAGCGGAUGAUGCAAUGGGUCAUCCCUACUUUACAGAUCUGAACCCAAGCAUAAAAAAUGAUCGAUGUGAAAGAACUUAAAUAUGAAUGGUUUAAAUGUCUUGUAUGAAUACCCUUUGAAUUCUUUGAAGCAGAUUCAGAUAACUUGUAGAACAUAGUAGCUGUAAGUACUUGUGAGUUGAUUUAAUUUUUUUGUACCUGAUCUAAUAAUUGCAGAAUAACAGGUUAAAUUAAGUUUCUGUACUUUUACAUGAUUAAUGAUUGAAUCAGUAUUCAUUAAAUUAACACUAUGGUUAAGUAAUUAUCUUUUUCAAUAUCUCUAGAUAGUUUAUUUCAUCCUAAUAAUGUUUUUGUAAGUGUGUGUAUGUUGUGAAUUCAUAAUUUUUAGUUUGUGUAUAAGGAAUUCUUUGAAAUGUUCCUACAUUCCUCUUUUAUUUUAUGCUUCUUGAUCUCCUUUGUUAACUGUGUAUGAACUGUAAUGAGAAUCGACGCUGAAAAAUCAUUCAUUUAUUUAUUAUCACCUAGGUAUUAAACCACAUUGUAUUAUAUGUGCAAUACAUGGUAUCAAAUUUUAUAA